CUUAAAAAAAAAAACAAAACAACAGCAGACAACCGAGGAAUUUUGUUUCUAUUUAAAUGUUUCGUUGUCAUUUUAGUGGAGAUUUAUUAUCAGAAACUAAACAACAUAUCUGUUUCAAUUAAGGAAAUAUUUCAGAUAAUAUGUAUCGCUACAAUCAAAUCUCCAAGAAGAUAAGGACUGAUUAUUAAGAGCGCAAACAUUGCAGACGAAAGAUUAUUGAUCGAUCUCAACUGAAGGAAGGACCUAAAAAUACGAGUCUACUUGUGACAUUCAUGAUACAUCUCCAACUGAUGGGUAACGAGGACAACAUGGAUUCUAACUCUACCUAUAAUAUGCAAUCCGGGACAACGCAAUUAAUUGAGCAUUCUGGCGUUCCUUCUUCCCCGCCUCCAUCCUAUGAACAUGUUCUAGCAGAGUCGAAUGUGUCGGACUCCCCGGUAGACUCCAGUGUGGACAACUCCCAGGAGAAACUCCCCGAGGAGGAGAAGUCAGACCCGGUUCCGGUACAGAGGCAGCAGAUCAUCCACAAGUCCAGUAAGGAACUGUACAAGGCUGUAGCAGCUCAGUGGGGCAUCACUUGCAAGAUGAGCGAUCAUUGCCGCUGCCUCGAUUGUCAGAGUCACUACCUGGACUGCGAGUAUGACCGGGAUGAGCAGGAGAAGACAGAUGGAGGCCUGGGGGCCGGUACACCUAUGUUCUUGUCAGAAGUGAUGCAUGGCUCAGCAUGUAAUAUCCUCUAAGUCUAUAAAUGUUCCAAGGUUUUUUACCGAGUGGUAUAUUUUUUAUAUAUAACAUUUAGGGUGAUGUAAGAUAGCUAUGAUUGCACAAAGGAUGAAAUUUCCCUUCCGGUUCAAUUUUGUCACAAUUUUAUUAUGUUAACUUUUUAUGUUUUAUUGCAUUACUAUUACAUAGAUUUUCAGUUACGGUAUUAUUUUUCUGUUUUAUAUCAAACUGUGUUGUACUUUAUUAUUGUUGGUUCGGUGCUUUUGUAUUUGACUGUGAUAUUUACCACUACCAAUUCCUUUUUAUUUUGUAGUUAUUGUUUAGAAUAUAAUUUUUAUACGCUUAUUUCAAAUGGACUUUUAAUUUUUUUGUGAUUAGUUAUUUCUACAAAUUUUUACGGUAGUAACUUUUUAUACUCGAUGACUUUUAAACAUGAAAGUGUGUAGUGUUUAGUAGAGACGGUAAAUAAAUAACUUUUGUUGAUUGAAUAAUUGUGUUUCAAAAUGACAUCGUCAAUUUUAUAGUCCUUGAGGAACUCUGGUGAGAACUCGAAUGCUGCAUUUAAUAUUUAACUAGAUGAUUUUCAUAUAGAGGUAAAGCUUCAACUUUCAUAAUAGAAAUAAGAUUUGGACAGUCGUGUACGCACAUGAAAAGUAUAAAGGUAUAUAUGCCUUUAAAAAUUGUAGAACAAGGUAGAUUACAGUGAUGUGAAACAAGUACAACGUAAGUAAAGAAAAGACAAAGAUAGGUUUGUUUAGAUAGGUUAUGAUUUGUUGUCAGCGAACAAACUUGUAUGUUCCUUUUCAUUAUUCUAACAUAGGCUAUAAUCAUCAAUUCAAUGAUAGAUAGAUUAAUUAGGUGUUAUAAUGCACCCAAGCACUCGUACACUCUAUUUAUGAUACUUUAAAAUGCACCAAAUGGUUUAGAAUUAGAAGUACAAGUGAGAGAACUCUAAAGGUACCAUAACAUAUAAACAUUAUGUGUGUCAUAUGUUGUAAAAUCUAUAUAAUAUAGCAUCACUAUUCUAUUUAACCAUUAUUUAUUUGUAUAUCUAUCAUUAGUAUUUUAGUUCUUGUUUUUCCUGUAUUAAAAAAAUUGCAACUCUUGAUAGUUUUUUUUAUAAGUAAAUAUUAGGUGAAAUUAUUUAGGAAAAGUCCAAAACUGUUAAUUUAUCAAUUUAAAUAAUUAAUUGCUUAGUAUAAAAUUAAUUUAAUAAGAUUAUUUUUUAAAAUUUGAAAUUGUUAUUUUUAAGGAUUAUUUUAUCCUUGUGCACAAACAAUCUUUUUUUAGUUUAACGUGGUUUUGGACUUAGAACAUUUUAAGCAUUGAUGUUAGUACAAAAUGUUGGAAAAUAUUCUUAUUUUCUUCUUAUAGAUUAAAUGUAGGCAGGUUGAAAAUUAGAAUAAAUACAUCACUCUGUGUUUCACUAUCAGUAAAUCACUGUGUUAAAGCGUAGCUGUGCAAUGUUGUUACAGUUGUCAUCUGUGCUCACAGAACCCAAUUUUUCUUAAGUGGUCUCAACUUUAUGUGCUGGUAUUUAUUUUUAUUUUCGACCUGACUGAAUUUGAGCGAGGAGAAUAUUAAGAUGUAUAAACCCUUGCAAAUAUCAGUUGUACAGCAUAGGGCAAAACGUUGUACAACAAAAAAGGAUUGUUUGGCACAAGUAUCCAAAUAGUCAGUAUUAUCAUGUUGUGUACUAUUUCUAGGACAAACUCUUUUGGUUUGCCUUAAAAGUUGAAUGUGACUUUUUUAAUGAGUUCAAGAACUUAAUAACAAUUCUAAAGGCAUUUUAAUUUUUUAAUGGCUGACGCUAAGAACUUCUUAUAACAAUUCUAAUGGAACUUUAAUUUAUAAUGGCUUAGGAAAAGAACUUCUCUUAACAAUUGUAAAAAAUUCUAAUGACACUUUAAUCCAAAUGGAAAAUGAAAACGUCAUUUUAUAAAGGGUUGUUUGAAAUCUUAUAUAAAAGUUAAAAAAAAUGUCAUACAUAGAUGAAAAGAGCAGUUUGUCAACAUAUCUUAAUAUGUGAAGAGUAGCUCAAGGGCACAUAGGGUUGCGGUUGGGGGGGAGGAGUCUUGGUCGGCUUUUUGAUAGAAGCAGGUGUUUAUUAGAAAAAGAAGAAUUAGAAUCAGUUUUUGGUUAUUAUAAUGGUUUUACAUGGUAUGUUAUAUGUCUAUCAAAAAUAGUUUCUCAUUUAAAAAUGUUUGAACGGCUACACAUUGAAAAAUUGAAUGCAAAGAAUGUUCCUUUAUGACAAGAACCAAAUUUUUGGCUUAUUCAAAGUUUUGGGAGGUCACCCCAAAUAUUGGAGGGUUGUCCCUCAAUUGAAAAUGUUGAAAUAGCAACGUUCCCUUUGUAAUGUAUUAUUUAUAAAGGUAUAAAUACAAGGUUUUUGGCGAGGAUAAAAACUUAAUGUAGUUCUAACAUCUUUAACCCCUUAACUGCUGAGUAAUGUGGCAAGCCAAGCCCCACCAGUGCUACUCUCUUUAUACACGUUCCAACGCGUCGUUCCCUCACUGCUACUCUUAUGUUAAAACUUAGACACAGCUGGUUAUUGUUUAUUUCUUCCUUCCUACGGAGCAUUGACUGCUCUCUGGUGGCUAUUUUCAGUACUACAAUGACUGAAGCACUGCUUUACAAAUGUCUCCGCCUGAUUUACAACUAUAGUACUGUGUCAAGAGCACAUCAAAAUAUUAGCUCUUGUCUAACCACAGUUUAUUAGCGCAGUAUAUGUUUGGUUGCGUGACGCUUUUUAUGAUUUGUUAGUGUAAGAUGGAUAAUAGUCACAAAAAAAGUAAAAAAGACAAUUUCUUGAGGAAUGCAGUUCACGGUUAAACAACGAAAACGCCUGGUUGUCGGAAAAUGGCAGAUGUUACAACAAUAAAAUGUAACCAGUUAAUUUUUAAUUAAAAUUUAGACAAUGAAGCCGGUUUUUAUUCUAAGUACAAGCAGUUAUUGGAAAAGGAAGUCGGCAUCCACGAUCGAACCUUGAACCCUCCACGCUGGCUGUGCCGCAAUUCUCCCACUCAGCCGCGGUAAUGGCUUCGGCACUAUUUUACGUAUCUAUAGCUGUUAAGAUGGAAGUUAAAUGAACUCAUUAAAACCUCUAAAAAAUUUGAAUACAUAAAGAGUGGGUCUCAUACACCUAACAACAAUAAAUUCUAUCCUCCAAAUUUCAUUUCUUUAUUUACAUCUGAUGACAAAUUAACAGUAAGUGGACUUUUUGAUUAAUCUUUAUGCCUUAAUUAAGUGAUAGAAAGACUGUUGUUAACACUUUUAGUUCGUUUUACUGCAGUUUUAUCUCUAGUUAUUGUUAUUAGUUGUUUAUGUUUUGAUUAAAUCUUAUACAACUUAGUUGUUAAUCUCUGUUGCAUUGAUUCCACUUCAAUUCUGAGACUCUAUUCUAACUGAGUAGUCAGACUGAUAUCUAAGGCUGAAUAUAUCAAUCUCAACUGUAAGCAUGAUCUCUGAGUUAUGUGUAGUCGAUAUUAGCGCAAAUUACACAUACCUGUGUAGUGUUUGUUUCAAAGUCUCGGUGUCCUACUAUAUAUAGGCCUAAAUUAAAUCAAUGUACCUAUGUGUAUGUGAUGUUAAAUGUACAAGUUAGUGGAUCACUGUUAUUUAUUAGGGAAACUGCACUAAUUGUGUCCAUAGUGAGAUCUGUAUGUGAUAUUUUAUUAUUGAUUUUAUAUUCUUUCAAGUUUGUUACUGGUAGUAUUUGCCAAUGAUUUACGUUUAUAGUUCUUGUAUUGUGAACACUUAAGUUUUUUUUUUAUUGGAACAAAAAUACACAUAUACAUACA